AUUAUUUUCCUCCCUGAGUACGAUGGCAUUCCUGCUUGUUCAUAUAAGUAAGGGUUAACUUUGCUCUCGGCUGACUUCAGUGUUUUAAAAUGGCAGCGUAUGGGUGGGGGAGGGUUUUCUGUUCAUCAGAAAUGGGGACGUCCCAGGUUUCUUUAUGCAUGAGUGUCUGGUUUUAAUCUCUGUGAGCUGGGAUUAUUACUCCAUGCUACAAACGGAUGCCAAUGACUUUCUCCCACCCACACCUCAUUUUAAUAACCUGCUACUCUUGCAGAAGUGAAGCCUCGCCCCUGCCAGCUGACCUUUGAACCAGAGUCUAGCUUCUCCUUUCUUCUUUAAACCCUCCCUCCCCCUCCUUUAUGAGCUGCACAUUUUUUUUUUUUUUUUUUUUUUAAACAAGACCCGGAAAACAAGAACUAAAAUUAAAAAUUCUGGAACCUUCGUCAAAGUCACUACCUAAACACCUACCUCAUUUCAAGCUUAGCUACUUUUAACAAAAAAAAAACGAACAAAUUUGAAUGAUUUCUAGUAUGGUGCAAUCCCAUUCUUAUUCCCUCAUAGCAGGAAAACAGGAGCGUAAAAAUUUAUUACAGUGAAACUGAGGAUGGAGGAUGGUGAGCUGGAAGAGGGUGAACUUGAAGAUGAUGGAGGUGAAGAGGUUAGCCAUAAUGCGGCUGAGCCAGAAGUUCCCAGAGAGAAAAGUGAGAAAAGUGAAAAGAAAACCAGCGAGACAGACGAUGAAAAGUCACAUCGCAAGAUGAAGAGGAAACGUAAGAAGGAGAAGGACAAAAAGAGGGCUAAAAAGAAAAGAAGAUCUAAGCACAAGAGACAUGCAUCAUCCAGUGAAGACUAUUCUGACUAUAGUGAUGAUUCAGAUUUCAGUCCCAGUGAGAAGAGUCACCGAAAAUACAGAGAGUACAGCCCAUCAUACCCUCCGCCUCAUUCACAGUACCCUCCUCCACCACCGCCUCCUAAGAAGGGCUACCCCAAAAUGGAUAGCAAGAACUAUGGCAUGUACGAGGAUUAUGAAAACGAUCAGUAUGAAUAUGAAGGUGAUGAGGGAGAGGAGAUGGCUGCAGAAGAUUAUGAUGACUUUGCCAAGGAACUGAACCAAUACCGAAGGGCCAAAGAGGGCAGCCAUCGCGGUAGAGGAAUGCGAGGACGGGGUAAAUUAAUACGAGGACGUGGAAGAGGAAUGAUGAGGGGAAGGGGAAUUUAUAGGGGAAGAGGCAGAGGAAGAGGAUUCUCUGGUGAAGAGCAAGAGGACGAUGAGCCAUAUGAAGAAGAGAUGGAGUAUGGGGAGGAAGAAAUGAUGGGAGAUGAAGAAUAUGAUGAUUACUCAAAAGAGCUGAACCAAUAUCGCAAGUCUAAGGAAGGCAGAGGUAGAGUGUUUCAUAGGGGCCGUGGUCGAGGUCUCCGUGGCAGAGGCUUUAAACCCAUGGGUCGAGGGCGUGGCAGAGGAAAAAAUGAAGAUGAUGAAUAUUAUGAGGAAGAUGGAGAUGGGGGAACGUACCGCAAUGACUAUGAGAAGCCUUACCGUCGAGCAGACAAGAAAGGGAAAGUCAUCUGCAGAUAUUUUGUGGAGGGUCGUUGUACUUGGGGGGAGCAUUGUAAUUUCAGCCAUGACGUGGAAGUCCCAAGGCGGCGUGGACUGUGCAAAUUCUAUUUCACUGGUUAUUGUGCUCGAGGUGACAAUUGCCCAUACAUGCACGGUGAUUUCCCUUGUAAGCUAUAUCACACAACAGGCAGCUGCAUUAAUGGUGAAGAGUGCAUGUUCUCUCAUGAGCCACUAACAGAAGAAACGCAAGAGUUGCUUGAUCAGUUAUUAGCGGAGGAUGCAGAAGCUGGAGCUGAGGAUGAAAAGGAUUUAGAAGAACUGAAAAAACAAGGCAUAAACCCUUUGCCCAAACCACCCCCUGGAGUCGGGCUUCUGCCUACACCUUCAGCACCAUCAGGGCCUUCUAAUACUGCAGGUUUAUGUGAUCCAGCAUCCCCACCACCUGCUGUACCAGUAACAUCACCUGAUUCGUCAGUUCCUGUUCCUCAACUUCCUGGAGGUCCGGUUCCUAGUGGGCUAUUGCCAAGUUCAGACAUGCACGGACCUGGAAGUCCACCAGAAGAAGAAGAAGAAGAAAUGACCAUAGGUCCCGGGUUAGUGCCUGAAGGCUCUGUAAUGGGUGGAUUGAUUCAUGGUGGUCAUCCAUUGCCAGGAGGCCAUAUGUCAGGAGGUCAAAUGCAUGGAGAGCCAAUGCCCGGUAUUCCAGUUCCUGGGGGCCCAAUGCCUGGUGGCCCAAUGCACCCAAUGCUUGCUGGGCCUGGGGAGCAAUUACCACCAGAAGGACCAUUGCAUCCAUAUCAAGGAGGCCCUAUGCAUCCAUGUGAGGGAGGUCCCAUGCCUCCAAUGCACGGUGGACCUGGAGGUCCACUUUCUCCAAUGCAAGAUGGAGGACCAAUGCUUGGAAGUCCACCAGGGGGUCCUCCAAUGGAAACAAUGCAAGGCAGUCCUGGAUCUGGGCCUAUGGAUCCACAGAUGUGCCAGCGAAUACCAUCCCUUUUUGACAUUGUGGUGCGGCCCACUGCUCAUUUGGCUCAUAAAUUGGGUGUCAGGCCACCUGGUGCACCAGGAGGUCCCCCAGGGUUUCCUGGACCUAUGGGCCCUCAAGGCCCAAUGCACCAUGAUCUGGAUAUGGAGGAAGGUCCACCUAUGAUGCCCUAUGGCCCUGAAGAUGGACCUGAUAUGAUGGGUGAUGGUCCACCAGGCCCAGACUUCUAUGGUGAAUAUUAUCCUGACCCAAAUAUGGAGAUGGCACCUGAUAUGAUGGGAGAUGAAGGUGCCUAUAACAACUAUGGAGGCAUGCCAGAAGACGAUCCUCACCAUUAUCAUGAGCACUCUACUGAAGAGGACCCCGAGAAUAUGGAUACACAGUCCUCUUUUAACAAAGGGAACAUCCCAGAUUUCUUACCCUCUGCACAGCGUGCUCUGUACCUGCGUAUUCAGCAGAAGCAGCAAGACGAUGAAGAGCGAGCACGGAGGAUGGCUGGAGGAACCCAGCAGGACAGAGAUAAUGAAGGUGAUUCUGGCAACUGGUACUCCAGUGAUGAAGAGGAAGGAGGAAGCAGCGUGACUUCAAUACUCAAGACUUUACGACAGCAGUCAUCUAACCGCCCUGCUCCACAGGUCCCUGCCAGAGACACCAGUACAGGGGGACAGGUUGACCCACGUCUGCAAAAAAAUUCAGCUGCCCCAUCCAGCCGCCCUACUGAUCCCCGUCUCUCUCGUGAUCCACGACUUUCCCGAACCACAGACAACCCUUCUUCAUCUGACAAAGGGCAAAGCGACCCUAGACUAGCCAGACAUGCAGGCCAGUCUUCAAAACAAGACUCCCCAGUAAAUAAAAUUGCUGGAGAUGAAGAAGAAGGGGAAAGGGUCCUACGGGAUAAGCCUGUCAACAUCCCCCUUGAUCCUCCCCCUGGACAUACAUUAAGAGACCCAAGAAAUCAGCUGCAGCAGUUCAGCCACAUCAAAAAGGAUGUCAAUUUGAACAAACCAAACUUUGCCAGGACUGUUUUAUGGAGUCCUGAAGACCUUAUCCCACUGCCCAUUCCUAAACAGGACUUCAUCCCAAUGCCUCCUGCACUACAGUCUAUGCAAGGCCUUGAUUCCAGACCUAACCGUCCAUCCACCUCAGUAUCGCAGGACCCACGUCAGCGGGCAGCUGCUUCUGAUGCAACAACAUCAAAUUCUAGCCUGCCUGAUUUUGAACUGCUAUCUAGGAUUCUGAAGACUGUCAAUGCUGCCUCUAGCACUUCAUCAGCACCAGCUGAAAAACCCUCUGAUCCUCGAACACGGAAGCCUCCUGCUGACCCACGUCUUCAAAAAUCCACAGAACCUGUGCUUACUGUACGGCCACCAGAACCCACACAGCCCCUUCCCAUAAUACCACCUGUUGAGAGCCCAACAACCAUUGCACCCUAUGACCCCCGUUUGCUGACUGUAGGGGGACUGAGCAAACCAAGCGGUCAAAGUAACGUUCUCAGCAACAUUAGUUUGUAUGAUCCUCGGACAGGGAACAAGACUUCAGCUGAGGUCACUUCUAACGAGACAACCUCUAAGGGUUCAGACAGCAAAACUGCCAGUAAAGCAAAAGAGCCCCUUUUUGUGCGCAAGUCUGCCCUGGACCAACCAGAAGCAGACAAACCUAAUUCAGAUACUGCCACUGACCGCUACAACAGUUACAACCGGCCCCGUGCUAAAACUGCAGCUAUUUCAGAUAGCAGCCAGGCCGCUGUUCACAACUUGCCAGUGCCAUCUGUCUAUGGUGUGGUCAAGCAAACCAAAACUGGCAGUGGAAGCCCCUUUGCUGGAAACAGCCCAACACAGGAGUCUGAACAGGACGCUGGCUCCCUUAAGGAUGUUUUUAAAGGAUUUGACCCCACAGCAUCUCCAUUCUGCCAGUGAUACCCAUAUACAGUGUUCAUAAUAACAUGCCUAUAUAUAUAUAUCUUUAUUUUUUUUUUAAGCAACUGAUACCAUCCUUGGUUAUGUCAAUUCUUCAUGUAUAUAAACCGAAGAAAAAAAUGUAACAGCUCCACAAUCUGUUUUUAAUGAAUAAUCAUCUUGCGUAGUGAUUUAUGCUGUCUAUUUGUAUGUUAUUUUAAAAUUUUCUUUAUAAACAUACAUCCCGCUGUAUGUGUUAGAAGAUAUAUAUAUAUCUCUAUAGAUAUAUAUCCAUAUAUUUAUGGUGUAGUUUUAAGGGCAGCAAAGUUGUGGUGGAUCUGUCAUGAAGUAAAAUUCCCAGUAGAGGAACGUUAAAUGAAAGAUUUUACUCUCCAACUCCCAAGCAGCCUACUAAUUUUGAGGCAGUGAAGACAAAUGGACUCGUCCUCACUGCUUAUGUUGUCACUGCCCUGGUAACGUGCAACUCAGGAGGUAAAAGUUACAGCUUCAAUAUGAGGCUUCUCACACCUGUGAUUUGCUGUGUGAUGGAUUCCCGUUAAAGAUGGAUUCCUAAUAUGAUGAAAUUCUUUGUAUUUAGUGCACAUGUCCGUACAGAGCACACAGGCAGGCUUGUUCAACGAGGUAGUGAAAAGUGCAGUAACUCAUAUCUUCCAAUCAAAUUUCAGCUUAUUGUAGUCCAGUCAUGCUGUGGUUUGCUACAUUAUCGCUUGCACUGUCGCACUGAGUAAGCUCAGUGGUGUGAAGAGGCAGCUAGUUCCUUCAUUACUGUACAGAGAGUCGGUUGGAUCCUUGUGUCAAACUCUAAAUUGAUUUGUGUGUCUGAUUUCCCAAGAGCCUUGGAUGGGCCUGGACAGACACACUUCAUUGUACAUAUAUAUAUAUUUAUAUAUAAAUAUGAUUUUAUACCACAUUUAUGUAUGUGCUAUAUUAUGCAAAGAGCAGCAAGUUCACAAAACCAAAAGGAAGUAUAAGUAUUUAUAGCUGAAAUCUCAAAGUUUGCCACUUGAGUAUUGUAAAAAGUUUAUUUAAAGCAAAUCCUUAUUCCC